GCAGAACAGAGAGCAAUCAGAGGAAAGAUCAAGAAAGCGAGACAUGGAUGUCAAUACAAUCAGUGAGCAAGAUCAUCAGAGUGAUGAAGAGCAAAAGGUUCCCCUUCUCCGAGAUAUACCUACAGUGGACAGAAAUCCAAUACAAGCAGCCAUCAGCCAGACAUUUCAGAGCACGGCUCACUUGGCCAAUUUACUACCAACUGGAACAGUUAUGGCCUUUCAGCUUCUCGCACCAGUUUUCACAAAUCAGGGUGAAUGCGACCCAGUGAGCCGAACGAUGACUUCCAUCCUAAUUGCUCUUUGUGGGUUGUCAUCAUUCCUACUCAGCUUCACCGACUGCUUCAAGGAUAACGAUGGGAAAAUCUAUUAUGGGUUUGCCACUUUCAACGGACUCUGGGUGAUAGAUGGGCCAGCAACUAUUCCAUCCCAGCUUGCUUCCAAGUACCGACUUCGGUUCAUAGAUUUUCUGCAUGCUUUCAUGUCAGUAUUGGUUUUUGCAGCAAUUGCCUUAUUUGACAAGAAUACGGUUCAAUGCUUCUAUCCAACGCCAUCAAAAGAGACCCAAGAGAUUCUUACAGCACUACCUGUAGGAAUAGGAGUACUUUGCAGUAUGCUCUUUGUAGCAUUCCCUACACAACGCCAUGGGAUAGGUUUCCCUGUAACUGCUAAUUGAUCAUUUGAUGUAACACGGACGCCUUACACAUGUUCUUAUGUGACUAAUUUCAAAAUUGUAUAUCUUCGAUAUGCAUUAUAUUGUAUAUAGCUCUAGCUGCUUCUACAUCUCCACUGACUCUACAAAAUGCUCUAAUAAGAUCAAUUCAUCCU